AUUUUCGAUGCAUUCUUGAUACUCUUGGAAUAGCCAAGAGCUGGAUACUCACAGAUCGGCAAAUAUUUACAGUUUUGAUAAAAGGCUCAUAAGAAGGCAUCAAGAUGUCGCUCGCCGAAGAACUUAUGGCUGAUUUCGAGGAGGAUGACGCGGAUGAGUUGGAGCAAGCUAUGGAGGCUGCUAUCAAGAAAGAAGAAGACAUAGAGGAGGCCACAGAAGCUGUACCUGGGAAAAGUGAAUAUAACUCAGUGUACGAUGUGGCAAAGAUGACAUUAUCGGAUGAAUACAAGGAGUUGAUCGCUGCAUUACACCGCGAAUUCGAACGAAAAGAGGAAGUUCACGUUACGGCCCCAUUGGAGGCAGAUCCUCAGUACAUCCUUAUCGUGAAGCUCUCACAUCUUGCCGCUGACAUCGAUGGCGAGAUCAGUGUGAUCCACAAAUUCGUUCGUGACAAAUACGAGAAGCGUUUUCCCGAGCUUGAGACUUUGGUGCCGAAUCCUUUAGAGUAUUUAGCUGCUGUGAAGCUUCUUGGAAACGAAAUCAACACUAAGGGGCAGAACAAGGAAUUGCUAAGUCAAAUUCUUGCACCUGCUACUUGCAUUGUCGUGUCGGUGACAGCUUCAACAACUCAAGGCAAAUCACUGGAACCAGAAGAACUGAAUGCUGUGCGAGAAGCAUGCGAUCUUGCCGAAAAGCUGCAUACGGACAGGAUCUCCAUGUACCGACUGAUUGAAGUGCGAAUGUCUUUGAUCGCUCCAAACCUCGUUCAUUUGCUGGGAGCAGCCACUACCGCGCUACUGGUGUCACAGGCUGGUGGAUUAGCUCCUCUGUCGAGAAUGCCAGCUUGCAACAUUCAAGUUCUUGGCCGCCAGAAACGUUCGCUGGCUGGAUUCUCGUCUACUGCAGCCCUACCGCAUGCAGGAUUCGUAUAUUUUCAUCCGCUUGUGCAGUCUAUGCCUCCUGACCUGAAGGCAAAAGCCGCCAAAAUUCUUGCAGCUAAGUGCACUCUUGCUGCUCGAGUCGAUUCCCUUCAUGAAGCACCUGGAGGCAGUAUUGGGAUGCAUUUGCUGAACCAAGUGCGCACCAAAAUGGAAAAACUGCUGGAGCCUCCACCCGUCAAGGCUAGUAAAGCUUUACCGAAACCUUUGGAUAAGGCCAGCAAAAAGCGAGGAGGACGUCGUGUGCGCAAGAUGAAAGAGAGAAUGGGUAUGACAGAUUUGCGCAAGAGCGCGAAUCGCAUGAAUUUCGGAGAGCUCGCUGAGGAUGUGCUACAGGAUCACAUAGGUUUUGAUCUGGGUCAAGUUAAAACUGGGAAUAUCGCUGGUGGACGAAUUCGUGCUGGAGUUGUAGACAACAAGACGCGUGUGAAGAUGUCGCAGAAGAUGCAGCGGCAAAUGGAACGACAACGAGCACUAGGUGGCGUUACCAGCAUACGUAGCAAGACUGCUGGUACCGCUUCGUCUGUAACAUUCACGCCUGUGCAAGGACUAGAAAUCAUCAAUCCAACAGCUUUGGAAAAGACGUCUACGUCGUCUUCAACAUACUUCUCCUCCUCCGCUUCAUUUGUGAAGGUUGCCACACCCGCAUCAACGAAAUGAAGUAUGCUAUUGACAUGGAUCCGGGAUCUCAGGUGUUUUUCUGUUCACUGCAACUUGUUAGAUAAUGUUUGUUAUUCAAAGUCGUGGGCUUCAGCCAUAAGUUUGGC